AUGUCAUUCCACACCCAGGACACAUUCCUUGCACACCUUGCUCGGCCAUCCUCUUCGUCGUCCUCAAUGACAGCCUUCAGCUCCUUCUACCUGUCUUCUAUUGGCGACCUCCCAACGUACUCUCAAUCCGUACCUGCCCCGUCCUACUCUUAUGAACCAGCUUGCGACGAACAGGUCCUGCAACACACGCCUAGUCGCCUCAACGCUCAGCCGAACACAACGGGCACCUUCAUUCGCAAGUCUGGAAAGACAACUAUCAUCUUGACUGAGCAAGAGGACGGCUCCUCAACUCCUGCCUAUGGUCGUCAUGGCGUGAUCGAUGGUGUCCUACUUUUCGAAGAAAACGAGUUGAUCACCGAGGUGGAAUUUGAGAUUGAAGGCAAGCUAGAUUCCACCAUCAGCGAAGGCGGGGGGAAGUCGACACGGCUACUAUUCCAUAAGGAAACUCUUUGGGCUAAACAGAAAUCCUCUCCCUCGGCCGACAGUUGUCCGAGUCAACUACCAAUCCGAUAUAGCCUUCCAACGACUUUCCUCGAUGGCGACACCGCUAGAUCUCUCCCUCCAAGCUAUACCGGGUUUUUCCAGGGUAUUCCGACGCUCUUCGUAAAGGCGAGUUACACGAUUCGGGUGCGGGUUACGCGACUUGUCACUUCAAAGCUAGGGUUCUGGACCAAAACCAAGCACAUUAUCCAACCAAUUCGAUAUCACCCUCGAGCAAGACCCCACAGGCCCAUCUACCCAAGUCCAGGCUUCUUCUCGUCAAUUAAGACUUCUCCGGAAGAAUGGUUCCAAGCCAGUUCAAGCAUCAAGACGCGCGAGUCUUCAUCUUUGGACCCCCUCCCAGUCCAUCUCUUCAUUCCCGCCGGUCGUGUGUAUGGUCUGCAAGACACCAUCCCAUUCCACCUCCAGAUAUCUGGCCCCGUGUCAAGCCUGAAAGAGCUCUUCAUGUCGCCAUCAGGUGCUCUUGACCGUGUAUUAUCCUCCGACUCACGGACAACCGCCUCAUCCACGCAAUCAAACUCGAAAGAAACCAAGUCGCCAAUACGAGUCUACCUCAUGCGCCAAGUCACUGUUGAGGUUAGGGGGGAGAAGGCUUUCCGGAAUACGGUUAUUGGCGAGGGUAGUCUGACGGCGGUGCCUCCUCUGAUGUCGAGCUGUUGGUCAGCCACUUCUUCCGACUGCGCAGAGGAGCACCUCGAUUGGGAAGGAACGCUGAAAUGUGACCCUUCGAUCACAGUUGGAGGGUUCAUCGCCUCCAACGUCCAAGUAAAGGAGUUUGUGAUGUUGAACGUCACCCCUCAAUGCCCUUGGAAGUCACCAUUGCUGGACCUCCAACUCUCGAUACCGAUAAGGCUUACGACGGAAUCGUACGGCGAAGUUCCGGUUCCUGGGAUUGACAGUUUCGUGGCAUGA